AUGAGACUAACCCAUUUCGUGGGGGUGGUGCUAGCCACCCUCGCAAUCGCCACGGCAGACUACUCGCCCAAGGUGACCAUGCACACCGAUUCGACCGUGGCCUCUGACCUCCGCUACUUCGACGAUUCUCCCAACAUCUUGUUGUUGCGAGAUAACAAGCUCUUGAUCUCGUUUGACGACGGAAAGUCGUUCAAACCCGUCAAGGAAACCAAGGACAACCACGUCAAGUCGUUCGAAUUCAAUCCGAUUGACAACCGCGUGGCGUUGGCUUUCACCACCAAAAACGAGCAGUACAUCACCACUGACCAGGGAAAAAAGUGGAAAAAGUUCAAGUUGCCCGACUACAACUCCAAGCUCCAGGUCCACAGUGCCAGCGUCGACUUCAACGGAUACUUGGACGACAUCUUGUUGUCGUUCUGGUUCUGCAAUGACCACUCGGCCUUCGACAAGACCUGUGAACAGAAAAUCUACUACUCCACUGAUGGACUCAAAUCCGACCCCAAGAAAUUGGGCAUUGAUGCUGCCAUGUGUAAGUACACAAAGAAUGUGGCCCACUGGGCCACUGCAAAGGACAAUCUUAUUGUCUGUGUGCACAACAAGUUGAACUCCUUUGGCCACGUCGUGGAGUCAGUCUUGAGGGCCUCUUCCGACUAUUUCCAGAAGAGCAACGAUCUUUUGGAAAGCGGCAGGGCAAAAUCUGGUAAAAUCAUCGAAUUGAGGGCUGAAAAGAACUUCAUAGUUGCCGUGGUUCAAAAUGACAAGUUCAACACAAAAUCAAAGGUCUCAUUAUUGGUGUCUACUAAACUUUAUGAAUUCCAAGAAGCAGACCUUGAAAUCGACUUCUCCUAUGGUGUCAUGAUCUUCUUGGAUUCGUCACCAACUUCUUUAGUUCUUGCAGUCAUGGAUUACUCCCGGUCUAUGCAUGAAUUCUCUUUGUCGACGAUGUAUGCUUCGGACUCUACUGGGUUGAAGUUCACCAAGAGAUUAGAAAAUAUUGAAGGAAAUGCAAUCCAAAAGGUCCAGACUAUUCACGGUGUGUGGUUGGCUAACACAGCUCAGCCUUCUGACCACGAAGGUGAGAAAGAUAAGAGUUUACUUGACUUAUUGAUUGGUGGUGGCUUGGACAGAGACGUCGUAUCGUCAUAUUCAUUCAAUGACGGUAUAGAUUGGAGUCCUUUGACCAUUAUAGACGAUGAAAGUUGCAAAGUUUCUGAUGGUUGUUCCCUUCAUCUUUUGUCACCCACUGAAGAAGAUGGCCUGGGCAAUUAUGUGACAGGACCCACUCCUGGAAUAUUGAUGGCCGUGGGAAACAAAGGAAAGAAAUUACUGACAGACUUGAGUAAAAUGACUACUUGGGUGUCCAGGGACUUUGGUGCUACUUGGUCAAGUGCCAUUGAUGAGCCUUGCUUGUUCUCGUUUGGUGACGCAGGUAAUAUAAUCCUUGCAAUGCCAUUUGUGGGAAAGAAUGAAAUGAGCACUCUGGACUACUAUUUCUCUUUGGACCAAGGAAAAACUUGGACCAAAAAGUCUGUGGAGAAGAAGAUUUUCCCUACCAACCUCAUAACAACUAUCGAUGGCUCGUCCCAGAAGUUUGUGGUGUCAGGAUUGUUUGACAAAACUCCAGAUGUCCCUAUGGACGAUGAAUUUUCUGAUGUGAUGUAUUCAUUUGAUUUCUCGAACGCGUUUGAUGGUAAGAAAUGUGGAGACAGUGACUUUGAGGAUGUCUUCGCAAGAGUUGUUGGAAACGAAAAGCCACUUUGUUAUAAUGGAGUCUCGGAAAAGUUUUCUAGAAGAAAACAGGAUGCUCGUUGUUUCAAGAGUAAGUUGUACUUUAAUCCUAUACCGGUGGAAGAAAAAUGUACCUGUUCAGAAGUGGCUGAUUUUGAAUGUGCUCCUGAGUUUAAACCUUCAGACAAGGACAAGAAUGUCUGUGUUCCCGAUCUCAAAAAGAUCAACGAGAUAUGCAAGACCCUGAAAUCUAGCGAAUUGAAAUUGAAAUCUAUUCAGAAGAAGGUAUUGAACAAAUGUGAAGGUAAUGUGGACAUCCCUGAACACAAGUUCAAAUGUUCAGAAUUACUGGAAGAACCUGGCAAGCCUGGUAACGAUGACUCAGUUGUUCCUCAUGAAAUUAAGUCAUCUCUCUUCAAGUUCGAACACACGAUCGCGCAAUACGCGUACAUGGAGGAGGGUGAAGGAUUUGGACCGGACAAUAUUGUUUUGAUCACAAUGGACAGACGUGCUUAUAUUUCCAACAACGGAGGUACCGGAUUUACCAAGGUUCCCGUUGCAGAUGAGAUUACCCGUUUCUUUGUGGGUCUCGUUCCAGGACAGGUAGUCUUGAUGACCAAUUCUGAUACUAUUUAUGUAUCUGUUGAUGCUGGUAAUACUUUUAAAAGGCGCCAUGCACCUUCUCCACCAAGAGCUGGUGCCAUCAUUUCAUUCCAUAAAACCGACACGGAUACUUUCAUCUGGCACGGGGAAGAUAAAUCGGGCGUGGCAGCUUACAUUACUCGUGAUGGUGGUGAGACAUUUAAUUUAUUGAAGAAGAAGGCGUCAUUCUGUGAAAUAGUUGGUCCUCAUUUGCAAGACCAGAAUGAUGAGAACGAAAACAUGAUUUUCUGUACCACCGUUGGUGACAACCAGCGUGGAGCAUGGAACUUGGAGUCAUCCAACAACUUUUUCAAGGAUUCUAAGGUGGUCUAUGAACAUAUUGUUGGCCAUGCCAUCACUGGUCGGUUCUUUGUGGUUGCAACUGUGGACACUCUGAAGUACUCUUUAAAUGCCAAGGUUUCACUUGAUGGUAUAACUUUUGCCGAUGCCGACUUCCCUGCGGACCUCAAGGUCACCUCGAAUUAUGGUUACACAGUCUUGGGCUCCGAGUCAAAUGCCGUCUUCAUGCAUGUUACAACCUCCGACAAAGAUGGUCAGGAAUUCGGAUCUCUUUUGAAGUCGAACUCAAAUGGUACUUUCUAUGUUACUUCGCUUGAACAAGUAAACAGGGACACUCGUGGAUAUGUUGACUACGAUAGAAUUGAAGGAUUAGAAGGUGUUAUCAUCAGUAACACCGUGGUGAGUGAAGGUGGUGCUAAGAAAUUGAAGACACAUAUCACACAUAACGAUGGAGGUGAAUGGAACUAUUUGACCCCACCAACUGUCGAUGCAAAGGGUGACAAGUAUGAUUGUAUUGGACAGCCCUUGUCCAAGUGCUCUUUGAACUUGCAUGGAUUCACCGAGAGACCAGAUUACAGGGACACCUUUUCGUCCUCUUCGGCCACCGGUCUCAUGAUUGGUUCGGGUAAUGUUGGCGAGUUUCUCCAAAAAUCUGAAAACAUCAACACUUACAUGACUAGAGAUGGUGGUAUCACCUGGAGAGAAAUUAGAAAAGGGUACUACAUGUGGGAAUACGGAGACAGAGGCACUAUUGUAGUAUUGGUCAAUGGUGCAGAAGAGACUGACACAAUGCAUUAUUCAUUGGAUGAAGGAAGAACCUGGAAUGACUACAAGUUCGCCAAGGAACCCCUCAAGGUCAUUGAGUUGGCUACCGUCCCAUCUGAUACUUCUAAGAAAUUCUUGAUCUUUGGUACGCGUGACAAGUCUACCACAUUGUCGUAUUCAAUCGAUUUCAGUGGGCUCUACAAGAGACAAUGUCAAUUGGACCUUGACAACCCAGAUUCUGACGAUUUUGAAUACUGGACCCCCUCCCACCCUAACCUGCCAGAUAACUGCUUGUUCGGACACGAGGCAAGGUACUUGAGACGUAUUGAAAGCAGCACCGAUUGUUUCAUUGGAAGUGCGCCAUUAGGCGAAGGCUUCAAGGUGAUCAGAAACUGUACCUGUUCAAGAAGAGAUUAUGAAUGUGACUACAACUAUUUCAGAGAUACUGACGAUACUUGUAAAUUGGUCAAGGGUUUGUCACCUUCGGACCGUCUUGAAGAUUUCUGCAAGAAGGAGAACGCGUUUGAGUACUUUGAACCUACCGGUUACAGAAAGAUCCCAGUAUCCACUUGUGAGGGUGGAAAACAAUUUGAUAAAUGGAAUGCUAUUGCUUGUCCAGGUAAAGAGAACGAGUUCAACAAGCACUACGGCAAAGAAGUGAGUGGGGGCAAAUUGUUAGCAGUGUUCAUUGUACCUCUACUCGUCUUCUUCUUUGCCACCUGGUUCGUCUAUGACAGAGGUAUUCGUAGGAAUGGAGGAUUCAAGAGAUUUGGCCAGAUCAGAUUAGAUGAUGACGAAUUCCAGCCAAUUGAAAACGACCAGAUAGACAAGGUAGUGAACAAGAUAGUUAAGGGUGGAAUCUUUGUGGUUGCCGGGUUGUUUGCUACCGUCAAGACUGUGAGGAAAAUCGAUGGAGUGUUAUUUGAUAAGCUUACUUCUGCGAUCUUCAGAAGAUCUCCAGGACGCAGAAACUAUGUGUCAGUGCCUGAUUUCGACGAGGAAGAAGAAUUAUUUGGGAGCUUCCAUGACAACUACGAAGAUGAACUCGAAGAGAACUCUGGCUUGGCCCAGGAAUUCCCAGAUUCAAAUGAGCCACAAGACGAUUUGAAUGAAGCUGCUGAGGAUGUGGAUAGUGCCGACUCGAGACUCUUUGACAUCGAUGACCAGUCUGACAAUGAGAGUCCUGAGACUGCAAACUCUGCUAACAGCAAUUAG